AAAAUUGCGUUUUAUCUCUACGUGCCUUCAGUCGGCCCUCGCCUCCCUCGCAAAUCCGCCGGACGCGAUGAACUGGAAGUUAAUCCUGUUCUCUGCGCUCUUUGUUCAGUCAGCUUUGAGCCAUUCGUGCACCUUGGAGCCGGACUCUUCAUGCGAGUGUCCGCCCACACAGACGGCAGAAUGCACGACGUCCUGCCCGUCUGGUGAAGUAGCCUGCACGUGCCAGUGUCAAGAAGAAUGUCCAGCUCACGACCAAUGUCAGCAGAACGACGGAAAUUCAGUCUGCAAAGUCUGCGAUUCUCCGUGUGAAGAGUGUUCGACGGUCGAUUUCGGCUCGUGCUGUUUACCGGGUCCCUGCCCGCGGACUGGGGCGCCCGUAUGUACAUGUGAUUUGAAAUCUGAAACAGUCUGCCUCUCUCAGCCACCCUGUCCUUGUGACAAUAACAACUGCCCGUGCGACUUCACCACUACUUUACCCAACGUCCCUUGCAAGAAGAUCUGUCUUUCCCAACCGUGCUGCGAUUGUGAAGUGUCGUGUGAUGACAAAGGCUGCUUACCUGAAAAACAAGACACUCUUUCUCAUUGUGAUUGUGAUUUACAGUCCCAACUUCAGAACGUCGACUCGUGUGCGACAACGCCCGACAAUCAAUUCUAUCUGCCCGAACAGUCUUUCCACUAUGAAACAGAUAACCAUUCGCCUCUUUACUCACCCGACUAUUUUCGUACCUGUGCCGAUAAAGAAACCUUCGCCCCUGAAUUGACCUGUCCUUUUAAUUGUCUCGACGGCCAAGGCGUGCUUCCCUUUGCUUGUCCUAACAAACGCUGCUGUACUGACCAACCGCCUUGUGCAGCUAAGCUUUUGUCGCCGUGCUCAGGAGACUGCGUUAAACCUUUUUGUAGUUUCAACCUUCUGCCUUGUUCUUCUAAAGAUACUUGUACUUCACAAACUUGCCUCGAUUCGUCGCAAAAGUGCGAAUCUCAUUCAGUCUGUCCUUGCACCCCUGAAUGCCCCCAGACUGUGACUUGCUCACAAUCUCUCUCAUGUCCUUGUCAAUCUGUGCUUCCAGAAUGUCACGUGAAAAAAGUAUGUUUUAAUCAACUUUGUCCCUGUGCGACGCAGACCUGCUUCCGUCCAGUCUGCUCCUGUGAGCAGUCCUGUUGUAAAGCGCCUUGCUCUGUGCCUUCCUGCCCUUGCAUGCCCGUAUGCCCGUGCAGGCCGUGCUGCUGUCCCAAAUUUGUAACUGGAGUGCGCCCAGUCGUAGAAGAGUGUAUCCGGCAUAUACCGAUCGUCAGAAAUAGGAUCAAACAGCACCACGAAUUCGUGACGAGGGAAAUCCCUAUCGUCCAAAAUCACAUCACACACCAAGAAGAACAGAUCGUCCGGCAUGUCCCAGUCGUCCAGAAGUGCCUCGAGCCCGUCAUGGAAUCCAGGACCCGCCACGUGCCCGUCCUUAGGCAGAAAAUUCGAACUGUCGUCGAACCUUUCACAGAGCACGUCCCUCUGACCGAAAACAGCAUCCGCCAAGUCGAAAAAUGCUUGAUCCGACAGGUACCGAUUUUUGAGAAACGCUGCAUACCCGUCGCCCUUCAGACCGUCCAUAAAAUACCAGUCACCGAGAGAAGAUGCAGGCCAGUUGUCGAGACCCAACUCACUCAGGUGCCGGUAAAGCAAAAAGUAGUAAAGAACAUUCUCUUCCAAAGGCUGUGUACUCCUUGCCAGUGCUGUCCACAAGCCUUCUGCUGCCCGUGUUGCAGCCAAUGUGGACCCUGUCCCCUGUCACCCUGUUCGUGUAAUUUUCCGAGUUUUCAACCUCCCUGCUGCGCGCAAAAUCCCUGCCUCCCUUCCAACUGUGCCAAACAACCCUGCUGUUAGAUAUCACUUUAUUUAUUUAUUUGUAGUUUUUGUAUUUAAAUAAAAAUUGUAAUAACAAA